AGCACAAGGCAUACAGAUGUAAGUUUAAUCCAGGCAACAGCCAGAGCUGGCAAGUGAAUAAGAGGUUGCCCUUUUGCUAACAUGCAGUAGUAUUCAGUAGAAUAUUCAGGAGCCAGCGCAACUGUCAAGGCGGACUCAGACGGGGAGAUGAAAACCUCCUGGAACUGUGUGUUCGUGUUUUAUUCUCUCCAUCCCUUUGUGUGGAUCUAUGCGUUUCCACUCUUAAAGCUUGGCAGCAAGAGGUGUUAUCUCUAGCACUGAGCUCAGCUUUAAAAGGAAAUUGCAAGACUCUAAAUCUGCCUUUCAGCCCGUGAUGAGCCUCUGAUUAAUAGAUAAAGCGAGAGGGGGACACCCGGAUGAAUCAAGGAAAAACUUGCAGAGGGGAAUUCACCACACAAGCUCUGCUUAUUUUUGGACUCUGGUUUUUGGAAGAUUUAGAUUAUUCUUUCCUCCUUUUUUUUUUUUUUAAAGCUUUGAACUGGACCUACGCUUAAUGUAUCUGAAGUCCGCAGUGAUUGCACAUUUGUUUCUCACGCCAGCUGAGGCAGAGAUGCUGUAAUGUUGUGCAUGGCUUUGGACUUCCUUUGAGAGGCUGUUGUGUUCACCUGAUCAGCGGUCAUCUACUGUUUGAAUACAUGCUGAUCAGCUCUUCCACCUUUCUGCCCCUCUUUUUUUCUACAUAACAUUGUAAGCAGGUUAAUCACUUAAGCGACUGGGCAGUGGUUUGUAACGGAGUGUGUGAGGCUGGAUUCGGAGUGGUCGUCUCCUUCUGACUGAACUGUCUCAUGCUCUUCAGAGGAUCCUGAGACUUUGCACCUCCCAGGAGUUUGUCUUACCUGAUUUAAACAAAGGAGAGUUUAAAGUAUCGGCCAAAAGCCAGGAUGCAGGUGUCCUUAGUUUGCACGGACCACCGUGGGGGGGUGAGCCGCACCACGGAGGACCGGCUAAACCGACAGAAUGCCAACAGCCCGAACACAGGCACCCGCAGCAAGUUCAGAGCAGUGGCGAUGGUGGCUCGCAGUCUCGGACAACUCUCUGUUCAGAGUGUGCCUUCCUCCAGCGAGCAAAGCAUGAAGACUGGCAUGAAGUAUAGAAACCUUGGGAAGUCUGGCCUGCGGGUAUCCUGCCUCGGAUUAGGAACAUGGGUGACGUUCGGUGGACAGAUAACGGAUGAGAUGGCGGAGCAGCUGAUGACUCUGGCUUAUGAAAAUGGCAUCAAUCUGUUUGACACAGCGGAGGUCUACGCUGCUGGGAAGGCAGAGGUGGUGCUCGGAAACAUUAUAAAGAAGAAAGGAUGGAGACGUUCAAGUCUGGUGAUAACAACAAAGAUCUUCUGGGGUGGAAAAGCGGAGACUGAAAGAGGUUUAUCCCGAAAACACAUUAUAGAAGGUUUAAAAGCCUCUCUAGAAAGACUGCAAUUAGACUAUGUGGACGUGGUUUUUGCAAACAGACCGGACCCUAAUACACCUAUGGAAGAAACGGUUCGAGCAAUGACCCAUGUGAUAAAUCAAGGCAUGGCCAUGUACUGGGGAACGUCCCGCUGGAGCCCGAUGGAGAUAAUGGAAGCGUACUCUGUGGCUCGACAAUUCAACCAGAUACCACCCAUCUGCGAGCAGGCUGAGUACCACAUGUUCCAGAGAGAGAAGGUGGAGGUGCAGCUGCCUGAGCUCUUCCAUAAGAUAGGUGUGGGGGCCAUGACGUGGUCUCCACUAGCCUGUGGGAUCAUCUCAGGAAAAUACGACGGCAGGGUGCCUCCGUACUCUCGGGCCUCUCUGAAGGGUUACCAGUGGUUGAAGGACAAGAUCUUGAGCGAGGAGGGCCGGCGUCAGCAGGCGAAGUUGAAAGAGCUGCAGGCAAUCGCGGAGCGGCUGGGCUGCACUCUGCCCCAACUCGCCAUCGCGUGGUGCCUACGGAACGAGGGGGUGAGCUCUGUCCUUUUAGGGGCGUCCAACACCGACCAGCUGAUGGAGAACAUAGGAGCGAUACAGGUUCUUCCAAAGUUGUCAUCGUCCAUCACACACGAGGUGGACAGCAUCCUGGGGAACAAGCCGUACAGUAAAAAGGACUACCGCUCCUAACGCGCAGCACGGCCCCGCCCGGCAGGGCUGCACCCGGGCUGCAGCCGCAGUGCCCCACCUUUGCCUGAUCCUCUGUUUGCUUGAGCUUUUACUGAGUGAGACCCUGGCGCAUGAGUCUGGCCACACCAAGGCCACCCAGGGCACCUCAUUUAGAGUUACAGGGAUAAGAUAAGAAAAGGGGGAAAAAAUACAGUCACCUCCAGGGGGGGUGGGGGUGGGGGGACGGGAAGAGAGACAGAAGUGGAAGAGAGGUUAGGGAUAUGCGCUCAUACUUAAAUCAGUUAUACAUUCAAUUCAGCUGAACGUAUUUUAAAACAGUAGAGAAAAAAAUACCUUUUUAAAAAAAUAAGCACACGCUUGCUUGGCAGCCAGAUUUCUUUUUUUUAUUUGCUUUGAUUUCUAAAACUGAAUGCAACUAAAGGAAGAUUAAGUUCAUACUGUAGGAAUAUAUGAGAACUACUCUGUUGCACAUGUACCAUAGCCAUGCAUUUGUUCCUUGGACGUUCUGUUUACAAAACACCUGUGUACUGUACGAGUCCGUCAAGGUUUCUCUGAAAAACCUUUUGUUUGUGUUGUCGACAUCGUCCGUGUACGAGCCUGUGCGUGGGCUUUAACAAUCAGCACUUUAGUAUUGUCAGUAGGUGUUGGAGGGUAGUUCUUAGGAGGGGAGAGGAUGGGUAUUACAAGUCUUAUAUCACAGCCAUUGCACUAUAAAAUCAUAUCUCCUCCUGAUAGGUCCCUCUCCUCCUCAUCCUCCCUUUGUGUCUUCACUGGCAGUGCGUUCGUCCGGCCUCAUGCUCCGACUCUCCUGCUGUCUCGACAUGAGGAGGGGGAAUGAGGUUCCUCCGGAGAGUAGGCCAACGUAUCGGGGCAACUCAUCUGCCACUGAAGAGAUUAGCUAUUUAUUCACCCCUAACGGUCGGAAACUGCGGUCGCGUUCAAUCAAACGCAGUGUGGUACUUCACUGUGUCGCCCAGCCUCUGCUCUCCGCUCUCAGGCUGAGGAUUUACUGUGCAGGAAGUGGUCAUAUCAGCGCUGGCUCCACAUCUCAUGGAAACUUCUCCUUGAUCAAAUUCUGUUCAAGUAUUUUGCCUUAUUUACAGUUGCAUCAGACUGUGCUGUGGGCUUUGGCGUAGGCGAGCAGCUCGACAGCUGCCCCUUUGGCCGACCGGUCUCGUGUCCCCAGUAAACACUGGAACGCUGACUGGAGGAAGAGGCGGCGUGUCCAGUUAAUCAGCGGGUGGCAGCAGCUCAGGGAACAGAGCAGGUGGUUUUUAGUCGUGUGUUGGCGUGCACAUGGUCUGGAGGUUGUAUUUACUCGUCUGUCUUUCUUUCAUGUGUGGACACUGGGCAGGACCAGUGGCAUCUUAGCGUGGCUUGAGCCAAAGAUCUUCUUCUUCUUCUUCUUCAUUUCUCUUUGACGACACACCCGAGUGUUUCACUCUCACUUCCUGCAAGAUUAUAGAACUCAUCUUGACGCAUGUGCUGUCCGGCUUGUUAUCUACCAAUAGUAUGGACAUAACUCCAUAUAUAUAUCUUUAUUGACCACGCUGUUAUACUAGCUAACAAAUAUGUCCUUCAUAUACAGAAUGCAUAAGUACAGCUACUCGCUUUAGGAUCAGUAAGGUUUGUUUCAGGCGCCGUACAACCUGAGACGUGUCAGAAAUAUUACUGCAGAAUUAGACGCCACCUUAUAUCAUUCUUUCUCCUUUGGGUGCUCUCUUACUGUGAUCAAAGCACAAGUGGAUAGCAUGUGAUACAUCCUCCAAGCAUGGACCCUCUUCACCCGGCCUACAGUACCUACGGGACGAGCAAGCUGACGCUACUCCGCUUACUAACACGUCGUGUAGGUAAACAAAUCUUUACUAACAGCUGAUAAACGAUUCUUAGCCGAAAAUAAACAAGUACACAUAAAUAAAACUGUCAUAUUAGUGUGAAUGGCGACGUGAAUGAGGCGUUAGAGUGGAGGGGAUAAUCAAAGUUAAUGUUACUGUGCGGGAUUUGUGCGGAUGAAGAUGCUUCUCCUCCGAGUUGAUUUUUAACAGCGGCAAAGUGAUUUCAUGUCUCUGCUGUUGAUCCUGUUGGUGUGCAUGCGUGAGUGUGUGUGUGUGUGUGUGUGUGUGUGUGUGUGAGAGGAGGGGGAGAGGCAACUAAACUAAUCCCUUGCUUUAGCCUGUUGUAUUAGUUGAUCCCUGUAUAUGGUUGAUUUGCUGUGUCUGAGUGUUUCUCAAAAGAAGAGAAAAAAAAAAAAAAACUCAAAGAGCAUUUAGUUCAUUUCGUCUGUGGAGUUUCUGUGUCUUAAAUAUUUUCA